AUGAACCCUUGGGACAGUGACACAAAUCACUCUGGGGCCUACAGGGGUGCCUGCCAGCGAUGUGGGGGUCCGUGUCAGUGCCCCCACCCUGCGCCCCGCUGCCCCGCUGGGGUGUCCCUGGUGCUGGAUGGGUGUGGCUGCUGCCGGGUGUGUGCCCGGGGGGUGGGCGAGGCCUGUGACCGCAGGUUCGAGUGCGACCGUCAGCAGGGACUGCAGUGCGACUUCAGCGCCAGCUUCCCCGGCGGGCCAGGAGAGUGUGUCCGUGAGGAGGAUCAGGGCUGUGAGCUGGACGGCGUGGCGUACCUGGAGGGCCAGGUGUUCCAGCCGUCGUGCAGCCUGCGGUGCCGCUGCGCGGGAGGGGGCGUGACCUGCGUGAGCCUGUGCGGGGAGGACCUGCGGCUGCCGGGCCCGGACUGCCCCCGCCCCCGGCGGGUGCAGCUCCCGGGGAAGUGCUGCAAAGAGUGGGUGUGUGAGAGCAUGGAGAACGCUGUCCUCCAGGACGCCCUGACAGUCCGCAGGCCUGACCUGGCAGGCCACAGCCAGAACCCGGGUUCUAACUGUAUGGAGCAGAGCACCGAGUGGAGUGCCUGUUCCCGCACCUGUGGCCCUGGGGUGUCCAGCCGCGUGUCAAACAGGAACCGGGGCUGUCGCCUGGAAACGCAGACCCGCCUGUGCCAGGUUCGCCCGUGCCACGCCCGUCCCCACAGCGCCCCCCUGGGAGCGGGCCGGUGCGAGCCGAGCUUCAGGGCGGCCGCGCCGGUGAGGAUGGAGCACCAAGGCUGUCGCAGCGUACGCGCCUACAGGCCCCGGUACUGCGGCUUCUGCUCUGACGGCCACUGCUGCAGCCCCCACCGCACCCGCACCGUCAGGGUGGCCUUCCGCUGCCCGCGGGGCCGCCUCCUGCACCACCCGGUCAUGGCCAUCGAGUCCUGCGUCUGCCACCGCAACUGUCCCCGCUCCUAA